AUGUCAUUCCGGCCGAUGUUGAAGCAGCGGGCUGUGGCUCCGAUCGCAGCCACCCUCCUCGCAGGAGGUCUGGCCUUGUACCCCAAGCAGACUGCUUUCGCCGAGGAGCCUCGCGAGCGCAAGCCCAUCUACGAUGACUUCCCAUCCGAUAUCCCGGAACUCUCCAAGCCCGCAGCUCCGGCUCCCAAGGCGAUUUCUCUGCCCACAUCGCAAUCCACCUCCUCCUCGCCCACUCCCACAGACAUCCUGACUGCUCAGAUCCGGCAAGCCCGGCUUUUCCUCUACUCCCACUCCCUCGCCGCGGAGAACAGCUUCAACGACUUCCUGUCCCGCGCUCUGCACAUCGAGAACGCGUUCACCAACACCAUUGCUUCGCUCGCGCCUUCUGCCGAGUCUGGUGAGCGCCUGACUCCCGGCGGUAUCUACGUUAUCGUGUCUGCCAUGGCCGGCUCCAUCGUGUCACGCAACCGCGGCGUCUUCCUCCGCACUUUGUCCCCGCUUACUUUCGGUACCGUCGCUGCCUUCACUCUCCUGCCCGUCACGAUGAAGAACGUCUCCGAUCUGGCUUGGGAGUAUGAGAAGAAGUUCCCCGUCGUUGCGGAGAAGCACCUUGCGGUUCGGGAGCGGGCGGAGCACAUCUGGUAUACCGGCAUUGCGCACAGCGGUAUGGCCCGCCAGAUGAUGGAGGACAAGAUUGGUGAGACCCGGAAGAAGCUCGAGGAGUUGGUGAGCAAGGGUCACUAG